AUGCACCUGAACAAGGUCAGGAGCCCACACUACCAUCGGACGCAGUACCUGAGCAACCUCGGCAUCUGGGCGAAGAAGGAGGCCAAGCAUCUCAACUCCUCUCGCCAGACGGAGGCGCGCUACAAGAGCAAUCUCACGCCGGAAGCAGCCGUCGCCGCGAAGAAGAAUCCUAGCAGCACGACGACAACAACACCAGGCGAACCGUCACCGGUCCCGCCGCCGCGGCCGCCUGGGACCCCGUCCGACGAAGCUCUAUUAGCCGCAGCCACCUCGAGAACAGCAGGGAGCGCGCGACCACACCCUGCGGCGGGAGAGGCAGCAGCGGUUUCGGAAGUGGUGCCGUCGGAAUCGCCACGACCGCAACCUGCCCCGCGUAGUGGUGGCCAUGACCACCCAAGGCGCCAAGAGGAGGAGGAGACGGGUUCGCCACCCUCAGAGGCAAGUGGCGGCGGCAGCGGCGGCGAGGCUGUCCCGCCGCAACCGACGAGCACGGGGGCGGGCGGGAAGGUCGGGGUGGUAGCCGCGGCAGUAGGAGCGUCUUCGUUGGCCGGAGAAGCCUUGGACGGGGAGGAAGGGGGGCAGGACACGGCGGUUGUGGCGGCAGCGGCGGUGGCGGUAGCGGUAACAGCUCCGGCACGGUCACAACCCUCGGCCGGUGCAGCUACAGCGGCUCCUCCAGCCAGCGCAGCCGGAACCGCGGACUCGCUCGGCGCCACCGACAGCAGCGCCGACGACAGCAGCACCACAGCCGCCGUCCCCGCAGCAACACAACGGAGGAACGAGCAAAUUUCGCCCUCCUCUGCCGCCGCUCCCGUUCCAGCAGCAUCAACGCCUGCUGCAGCCAUCAUCCCCCCUCUCCCAGGGGCCCCGGCAGCAGCACAACCGACCUCCUCCUCCUCCUCACCCUCCUCCCACCGGCUGAGGUCCGCGCGCACCGUAGCGGACCCACUCAAGGUCGGGUCGCCGCCCCUUCGAGCCGUGCGACCCCCGAGGAGAGACAUCCGCAGGGACUACCUCACCAACCUCGGGAUGAAGAGGGCGGUCGUGGCGGGGCCGGGCGACGCGCGAACGCCCCCGCCGAUGAUCCGGAGGUCGUCGUUCAUAGAGAGCGUGGAGAACCCUGUGGAGGAGCAGCUCAAGGACCCCAACGCGGGCGAGAUUACCUUGGAAGGCGUUCUCAGGGUCGUCGGGAGCAUCCUGACCGGCGGGAACAGCACCAAGAAGGAACGCGAGCCCCGCCCGUGUCGGACGUGCGAGCGGUUGAGAGCUGGCAACAGCAGCGGCAGCAGCGCCAACUCCUCGCCGACGGUGGGUUGGCACGGCGGCGCCCAGGAUUGCCGAGGAGGGAAGGGGCGACGCGGGGUGCAGGGGUCGGGGGGGGGGGAGGGCGAGGGUUCGGUGGUGGAGUUUGCGCCUUGUCGCCACAAGCACGUCGACUUUGCCCCGGUAGUGUCGGCGGUGUACGUCCCCGUGCACUCGGAGUACAGCGAUCGCGUGCGACGGAGCUACUGGAACAGCGCGGGGGAGAUACGGGAGAUGGUCUACCGCAACAUGAUCGAGUUCGAUGCGGAGGAAUACAACUGGGAGAAUGUUGCCGAGGAGGAAGACAUGUACUUCUGCGAAGAGACGGGAGAGUUCAUCCACCCCAUAUUCUUCGACUCCCAGGAAGAGGCGAGGGAGGUUAGGGCGACUUCGUCCUCCGCCACCUCUUCCUCGGACCGAGACGGAGAGGAACACGUGGAGUACAUCAACGAGGGGCGCGGGUUGCCUGUCAUGCAACAACGGUGA